CACAUUGCGGAAACGCGUGUUGCACAUGAGGAUAAAAACACAAACUGUUCACGAGCAGGAAACAUGGGGAAGAAUAAAUUAAAAGGGUCGAAACAGAAGAACGUGUUUCGAGUGGUGAAGAAACAGCCGAAGAACAAGAACAAAACCAAACCCGUCACCACGACACUCAAACACAUCAAUGCGGUGAAAAACAAGAAGGUGGAGACUCUCGAUCAGAUGUUCACAGAAGUCCAGGGGGACGUUCAGAGUGUUUCCAAGUCUGUCGCUCCCAAACCGAAGAAACAAACACAGGUCGUCAGGGAACCGCCCAAGGAAUCUGUGAAUGUGGACAAUGCUGCUCAGCUUUUCUCUCAGCUGUAACGCACCCGGAGUGAAAAGAACUGUGAUGAAUUACAUUCAUGAAAGAGUUGAACCGCUUCUCUUUGCUCAUUUUAUCAGUUUUUGAAGUCCGGUCUCAGAGGAGCCGCUGGUUUACUUCCAGUGAAAUUGGACUUUUCAGGCCAAGACACAGACUCUGCAGAUGAGUCUGAAAAGAGAGGAGGUGUAGUUUGUUUAAAACGUGUCUUUAAUUUAAUCAUCCUGUGCUUUCUGUGCAAAGAAAUCACUUAACGAGUCUGAGCCUCAUCAUUAGUGAUACUGUGUCGGAAAUAUAGGAUUUUGUUUUCUUUUCAUCGACUUAAUGUUCUUGUAGAGAUAUCUUCUUUAUUACUGCUGCAGUUAAUGAUAAUUUUCUGGAUUGAUUCAUGACUUGUUUUUUUUUUAAAUGAUCCGAAAAUAAUGAAAUAACUGCUCAAAAUAAAAUCCCAGAGCCCAGAUGGAUUAUCGUCAAACUGUCUUUUUUGUAGGUCAGCGGUCCAAAACUAAAUAAAUAUUCCCCUAACUGUCAAAUAUCAGAACAUAAGAAAAAAGAUGGAAUUAGUGAAUGAUAUGAUUCAUCGGUUUUCUGCUGACUAAUGUUGAUGUGUUUUGUCUCCAUCAGACAGUGUUGACAUGUUUGCCAUCAUAUUAAAUCCUUUACCAUGUG